GAUUAAAGAAUGCAGUAAGAGUAAAUCAUACGUAUAGUUUGGCGAAAUCCAAAUUGUAUAAGCUAAUGAUAUUUUAUUCUAAAGUAGUGAUAAAUUUGUUCUUCAGGAUAAUGCUGGACAAAGAGCAUCGACCAUAAGGUUGUUGCUCCAGAAGCAGAACCCUUAAGAUGAUAAGAAGCUAAAGAUGUUCCGAAAAAAAGAAAGAGAUAAAAGAUUGCAACAAUAAAAGGAAAGGGCAUUAAGUAAGGGUUGUGAAGCCCAACAGGAGCCCAGAAGUGAGUCAGCCGGAUCAAUCAGUCGUGUGGCACAAGAAAACCUAAAAUCGACCACAAAGAGCAUCCGACGAAAUUUGGAUCCAGAGACAAUGUUUCUGCGGUUUCAAGGUACCGAAUUUGGUAGGAAGGCUCAUGAACGUGCGGUGAAGGGCACUAGGGAAUCCUUGGAGAAAUAUGGGGUGUUCGACGUCGGGAGUUGUAUUGGAUUUAGGAGAAAGAACUGUAGUCAAAAGUCACCUUGUUGUGGCUUAGUAUUCCUCUAUGCUUGGAUGGGCCUUCAUCGUUACAAUUUGCUUGAGGGGACAAACUUAGAUAUCUCUCACGUUAAGAGAUACAACAUGACUCUGACUCUUGCUGCCUCUUACUACAUUACUUUGGUUGCAAUGGAUCCAUCUAGUGGAAAACUUGUUCAUUUUCAGACUAACGUUAAUGAAGAAUGUUGUGGCAAGUUUGCUUUGACCUCCUUUAUUGCUAGACCUCGUCGAGGCCCUAAAGCUACAGAUUCGUCUGGAAGAAGAUUCUGUCCCAUGGGUAGCUUGCCUGAGUUCCCGCAGGAGAAUCCUUUCGAAAACGAAAACCGAUUUUACUUGGUGGAUGAAUCAGAGCUGGAAGACAAUGACUGGAUUCGUCUGUAUUUGGAACUUUCUGUUGCCAGAUCUGAUUGGACCAGCAAGGAUCAUGAUCUUUCCCACUUGAAGAUUGUGAAUGUAGCCAUAGAAACUAUGGAGCCACCGAGUGAGUCCUCUCUCACUGCCAAAAAUGCAACUGUCUACAUAAGGUACAUUGACUCUUGUGUGGCUCGCUGUGGUCAGAAAUUUGAUCGCAUUGCUGUAGUUAGAAGAAGAUUCAAUGAGCUUACGGGAUGCUUCAUUCUCGACGGUUGGAAUCAGAGCUCAGAGAUUAUUCCAGAAAAGCAGAGCUCAGAGAUUAUUCCAGAAAAGCAGAGCUCAGAGAUUAUUCCAGAAAAGCAGAGCUCAGAGAUUAUUCCAAAAAAGGAUACGAGUCUGAGUAGCAAGCUUCUGUCACGGCGUUUAAUUCGGCGUUUAAUUCGGCGUUUAAUUCGCAAAUCACGGCGCACAUGGCGGGGGCGCUGUGCUUACACAAACGAUGGUGUUGGCUUGGCUCAUCGUCUUUGCAAAACAAGAUCCAUAGAAUCAGCCAUCAGAAAGUAUACCCAAAAAGGGUAUGACUCUGAUUGUGAAACUCCUGAGUCUGAUUGUGAAACUUCUGUUACGGCGUUUAAGCGUUCACAAGCCAUGGCCGAUAUCUAAACUUUGACGACGCAAGGCUUACAAAAACCAUGGCGUUUGCUUGGCUUGGCGGACUGGUUUUUGUGCAAAUUUGUGUGUUUGCGGUUUUCUAAAUGUCUUCAGCUUCAAUAAAUAACAUAUGUGUGCACAAACUUUGAUUAUCUAAGUAUUAAUGUAUAAUGUUUGAUGGUCGACUAAGUUAUCUUUGGUGCAUUUGGAUU